AUUUAUUUUUUAGUGUUAGUCAGAAAGAGAGAGAAAGAGAGAGAGAGAGAGAAAUUUAUACCUGCAGCAUCAAAUUCAACUUCUAAUUUCAUUCAACUUCUACUCUGUCUCUCUCUCUCUCUCUCUCUCCCUCUCUUCUCCUUCUCUCUCUUUUUCCACUUCGAUCAUCACUUCCCAGUUCCGGAAGCAAGGGUUUUAUCGUUUGAAGAAGAUUAAUCAUCAACCCAACGAGGACAGAUCAUUACACGCAUGCUUGGCACAAUAGACGACCUUGACGUUACUACUUAGGAUUUAGCCAAAGUCAAUUUGGAAGGUAAGUGGUCGCAUAAACAACUUCUCCAAAGCCAGCCAACACUGUUAUGGAUCAGCGAGGGCAUGGGCAGCAUUCUGCAGCAGGUGAGGUUGGAAGUACGGCUCCCGUCCCAUAUGGCAUAUCAUCGUAUCAACCUAACCAGAUGAUGGGGCCUUCUGCCACUGGAUCACUUCAAUCUGCUGCUCAGCCAUCAGGUGUCACUGCAUCUCAAGCUCAGCUUGCUCAGCACCAACUUGCUUAUCAGCAUAUCCACCAGCAACAGCAAGAACAACUACAGCAGCAACUCCAGACUUUUUGGACUAAUCAGUACCAAGAAAUUGAGCAGACAGCUGAUUUUAAGAAUCACAGUCUGCCAUUGGCUAGGAUUAAGAAGAUUAUGAAGGCAGAUGAAGAUGUAAGGAUGAUAUCAGCUGAAGCUCCAGUCAUAUUUGCCAGAGCCUGUGAGAUGUUCAUUCUGGAAUUGACAUUGCGGUCUUGGAAUCACACAGAAGAGAACAAAAGGAGGACACUCCAAAAAAAUGAUAUUGCUGCAGCAAUUACAAGGACUGAAAUUUUUGAUUUUCUAGUUGAUAUUGUGCCAAGGGAGGAUUUGAAAGAUGAAGUGCUGGCAUCUGUCCCAAGAGGGAGUCUUCCAGUUGGAGGCCCAGCUGAAGCUAUACCUUACUAUUACAUGUCACCUCAGUUUGCUCCACAGGUCGCUGCUCCAGGGAUGAAUGUCGGUCAGCCUGUGGUGGAUCAAAAUCUCUACGGCCAACAUACUCGUCCUUAUGUUGCACAGCCAAUUUGGCCACAGCAACAACAGCAGCCGCCUGCAGACUCUUGAGCAAACAGUAGAGUUGCAGUAGUAAAAAAACCUGAAGCAGAAUGGGAGUAAAUUGAUUGUCUUAGUUUUUGUUUGAAGUUUUAAAGCUUAAUUACUCGUUUUUAUUUAAGUCAUGCUUCAGGUUGGUCCUAAUAGUUUUGAUGCUUUCAUUUUGUCAAGUUAUAUAGCCAAGAAUGUUGGUUCAGCUGUUGUAGAUAAUUUUAUGGGUUAAAAAAAAUAAAGAUUUCGCAGCUCCUUUCAUGUUA